GCAGAAAGGAGGAAAGCACUUCACUGCGUUCUCCGUGUUGUCUGUAGCUGCCUCAAUGACGAAUGACUGCUCUCAGAGAAAAUUAGCUGAAUUCUCCUCUGGGCUCACACUCAUAUGUUGGCCACUCUAAAGCAAAGAUAUCUUUUGGUGGGGCCCUUUUAGGGUGAAGAGCUUGAUCUCAGAUCCAAUAGGGACUACAUUUGAUCUGCUUUUUUGGUAUUUCUAGACUUUAUAUGAUAAAUGGUGACAGUUUUAUUGCAACAAAAUCUGACUUUCAGCCAAAGAAUCUGGACCAGAUGAUCUAUGGAUUGUUGGCAAGAGUCAAUGCAUCUGCAAAUGAAGUGGAUGAGCAGUUUAUGCAGCAGGAAAAGGGUUUGUCCUCUGUUGGAGUUUAAAAGCAUCUUUUGCCUCAGAGUUUAUAAUGGUUCCUACUGAGAAUACAAGUCAAUUUUCAUCAGCUGAUUUCUGCCCAAACUGCAGCUCCUCCAGCCAUUCAGAGGUGCACAUAGCCAAGGCGGUGGUUUUAGGGCUUGUACUUGUUGUUUUUUUAUUGUUUGGAGUUCUUGGAAACAUCCUGGUGAUCCUGUCUGUUCUGCUCCAUCACCAGUGGCGAUCUGUGACGCAUUAUUUUAUCGCCAACCUGGCAGCUGCAGACCUCCUGCUCAGUUCGGCCGUCCUGCCUUUCUCUGCCACCUCAGAGGCUCUGGGCAGGUGGGUGUUUGGCCGUUCUUUCUGCAACGUGUGGGCGGCCCUGGAUGUCCUCUGCUGCACUGCCUCAAUUCUUAGCCUCUGUGUGAUUUCCAUCGACCGCUACCUGGCAGUGAGCUACCCUUUGCGCUACCCCGCCAUAGCUACUGGCCGGCGAGGCCUGACAGCAGUGGCAGCUCUCUGGGGACUCUCAGCCGCUAUAUCUGUGGGGCCUUUGUUUGGUUGGAAGGAGCCUGACCCAGAAGAUGAGACUGAGUGCCGAAUCACACAAGAACCUGGAUAUGCUUUGUUCUCAGCAUUAGGGUCUUUCUACAUACCACUGGUUAUCAUCCUGGUCAUGUACUGUCAAGUGUACACAGUAGCAAGAAGAGAAACCAAAACCAUUAGGAAGAGCUCAAAAGGAGAGGGGGUGGAGAUGGAAGGAGUGACAUUGAGGAUACACAGAGGAAAUGCAGCUCAGGCAGGGAAACACGAGGGUGAUGAGGAGACUAGGAUGCACAAACGCUCCUCCUUUCCUUUGCCAAAGUUGCUGAGGUUCUCAGGGGAGGAAAAGGCAGCCAAGACUCUGAGCAUCGUGGUCGGAUGCUUCAUCCUGUGCUGGCUCCCCUUCUUUCUGGUUUUACCAAUAGGGUCUAUCUUCCCAUCUUGUAAGCCCCCUGAAACCAUCUUUAAGAUAACUUUCUGGCUGGGUUACCUCAACAGCUGCAUCAACCCUAUUAUUUACCCAUGCUUCAGCCAGGAGUUCAAAAAAGCUUUUCACAACAUGUUGAGAGGGCGCUGCAUAAGAACUGCAGUUCCUAGUGCCAAACAAGGACACCCCACAGCUCAUUCCUUUAGUCCCGGCCCAUCGUCUAAUGAAGCCAUCACCUCAAUCCAGGACAGUGCUGCUGCUUCCUCGUGGGCUUGCUGCAGGAUGCUGUCGACAUCAACAUCAUCUGUCGGUGCUCAGGAUCAGGCUCAAAGUGGACACGUCCAAGGGAAGGGUCUGUUGAAGGCUUGGUGCCUUUCAGCGAGGCGAUCCUCUGUAGCACACAACCCCUCCACAAAUGGUUCAGCUAAAGUGUUACGCCUGUCUCUUGGCAUUUCUGGGGAGCCUGUUUAAUUGGCUUCAGAGAGUUCAGGACAUUCAAUCUUGUCAUCCGCCUCCUCAGAGGAAAAGUAUGUACAAAUCUGUCCACAAAUGCAAAAUCCAAGAUAAAAUGACUGCAGCAGCCUUUUAAAUUAGGAAAAUGCAUGCUCAGCAGGAAACCUUUAGACUUGUUGUAUUGCUGGACUCAAUGGAAAAGGACUAAACCAAAAAUGUCACUUUCAAGCAGACAGAAGACAUACCCUGAAGAGCUUGGGAAGGAUUAAAAGAGAUACCAGCAAUCUUCUCCAAAUGAAAUUGAAAAGCAACCCCAGACAUGAUUUAUUUAAGCAUUAGUGGUGUUUCUCCAGUUUUCUCUAAAGGGAACAACACCAAAAUCCUGUAGGGAUAAUUGCUAUGAAGUAACAGCUCUGAGUGGGAAGAUGUUAGAGUGUGUUUCCUCUCAAUUCAAGGGAAACGUUUGAAAUAACAAAGUCAGAACAGAAACAUGCAGUGGCUGCCAGUUUUUUCAUGCCCUUUGUCACAUUAUCACCACAAACCUAAAUGUGGUUCAUUGUGAGGAUUUAACAUGAAAUAACACCACAAGGCAUUGCAUAAUUGGAAAAGAAAAGAAAAAUGGAAACAUGGUUUCCAAUUUUUUUUUUUGCAAAAAUCUAUAAAUUGUGGCUUGAGUAUGCAUACAUGUAUAGCCCCAUUAAUUUUACACUACUAAAUAAAAAUUCCGUAUAGUCCUGUUGUGACCAUCUGCAAACCUACAUGUAGACAUGGCUGUUCCACUACAGUACACUCAUUGGCUGAACAAGGAGAUGCAGUAAGGGGUCCGUGGUAUCUGG